AAAACAUUGACACGAAUAAUAUCAACAUAAAUAUAUUAUACGGAGUAAUUUUUCACUUAUGGAGACGAUUAAAAUUAUCAAGAUAAUUUGUGCAGAAUUUUACUUAUUAAAAAUUAGAUUAGUCGUUAAAUUUGUUCGUUGAUAAAUAGUUAAAUACUUAGUAUGAUUAAAUAUAUGUAUUGUAUCAACUUAACAAAAAUAAAAUAAAAUAAAAUAAAAAAAUGAAGUAUUAACCAACAAAUUAAAGGGAAAAAAAAUAUUAAAAAAAGGGUCCCACCGUCCUUUCUCUCUUAAGUCCCACCACCACCAUAAGGGUCCAUAACCCUUCAAGUGAAGGACAUGAUCCGCUACUCUCGCUUAUUAUUUCUCAAAAUUUUAUUGUUUUCUCUCUCAUAAAAACAAACUAAAAUCAAAGAUCCAUGGAAAUGGAAGACCAAUAUGGUAUAUCAGAUCUACGCCAGUUUAUUAGCCGAGCAGCUACGGUCACUCAAUUCCCGCCUUUUCCAGUACAACAACCCCCAUCGCUUCCUCCAUCCUCCGACCUCUUUUCGGCCCAUCACAACCAUCGGGGUCUAUCGCUCCCUAUUACUGCUGCUCAGCAUCAGCAGCAGCAUCAGCAGUAUGAGAUGGUGGUGAUGGGCCGAAGCAUGUCAGACAUGCUGCACCAUAAUAAUACUCAUCAUCAUCCCGGACACUUUAAUUCCGAGUCUACUACUACCACUGCUACUGCUGCUGCUAAUCAUUUGGGUGGAUUCGAUGGCGGCGAUGGUGGUGCUGCGAGGUGGCCGAGACAAGAAACAUUAACACUUCUCGAGAUCAGAUCUCGCCUUGAUCAUAAGUUUAAGGAAGCUAAUCAGAAAGGCCCUCUUUGGGAUGAAGUUGCUAGGAUUAUGUCCGAGGAGCAUGGAUAUCAAAGAACGGGGAAGAAAUGCAGGGAAAAAUUCGAAAAUUUGUACAAGUAUUACAAGAAGACUAAGGAAGGAAAAGCCGGUAGACAAGACGGUAAACACUAUAGAUUUUUCCGGCAACUCGAGGCGCUCUAUGGUGAGCACAAUUCUCAACAUCAUCAUCCAAUGACUUCAACCUCGGACACGCAUCAUAUAGCCGGAAACAUGGUCCCUCACUUCCACCCCACUCCGGAGAAUGUAGUCCCAUCGAAACUAGGGGUAACGGAUAACCAUCAACUACACCGGCCUACGAGUGUAAGCCUCUCGAACUCCUCGGACUAUGAGACCUCAUCCUCGGAUAAUGAGGGAGGGGGUUCAAUAGAAAGUGAUGAAUCUAAGAAGAAGAAGAGAGGGAAGCGGAGUUGGAAGGCGAAGGUGAAGGAGUUUAUAGACUAUCAAAUGAGGAAGAUUAUGGAGAAGCAAGAAGCUUGGCUCGAGAAGAUGAUGUAUACCUUGGAUAGUAGAGAAAGAGAGAGGAUGGAAAGGGAGGAAGAGUGGAGGAAGCAAGAAGCCGGAAGAAUGGAGAGGGAACACAAGUUUUGGGCUAGUGAACGGGCUUGGAUCGAGGCCCGGGACUCAGCUCUUAUGACUGCCUUGGAGAAGCUAACAAACACUAGGGAGAAAGAGGUUGCUAGUGAUAUUGAUCAUCGUAACCACCACCACCACCACCAUCGUAGCAAUGAACAUCAUUGCCGCGUGGGGAUCCAUGAUAACACUCAUCAUCAAUGGCUAGAGACCGAGGUCACGAGGCUUAUACAACUUCGAACGAGCAUGGAAUCAAGGUUUCAACAAUGUGGGUUCUCAGAGGAAGUUUUGUGGGAAGAUAUUGCUGCAAAGAUGGCUUAUUUGGGGUAUGAUAGGAGUGCAAGUGUAUGCAAAGAAAAAUGGGAUAGUCUUAACAAGUAUUUUCAAGAGAAGGACAACAACAUUAUUAUUAGGGAUGAUGGUAACAAGAAAAGGAAGGAGAAUUAUGGAGAGGUUAGUAAUCAUAAAAACAAAACUAGUACUAAUAAUAACAGUAAUAGUAAUUGUAAUCAUAAUGGAGGUGGAAUAUUAUACAUGAAUCACAUGGGAUUAGGAGGUUUUAGUAAUAAUGAGAUUAAUGAACCUAGGCUUCAACUUAAUGAGGGAUCAUCUUCGUCGCCUUCGUCUCACAACUCUAAUGCUAAUGCUAAUGUUAAUGUUAAUAUGAAUGUUAAUGCUAGUAGUAGUACUGUUGGUGCUGGUGGUGGUGUGAUGAAUGAUAGCUGCCUGAGGUUUUUUCUCGGCGACGGCGAGGGCACCCUUGGUUGGGAUAGUACUAAUUAUGGGUUGAAGCUCAACAAGGGUGGAGGUGCUUAAUCUUUUUCUAAAUUUUGAGUGAUUAAUUAGCUAGGCAGAGUUUGAGAUGAAGAUGAAGAUGACUAGUAUUUUUUUUUUUUUUUUUUUAAAUAUGAAAUUUUCUAAUUUGAUGUGUAGGAAAGUUGAGAGUACUAGCUAGCUAGCUAGAGAGGCAAUGGGAUAUGAGCAAUACCAUUGGAAGGACAACAUCAUCAGUUUGGGUAUGCAAGUAAUUAGUCUAACUUAAGAUUUUAUUAAUUAAUUAAUUAGUGUAUGUAAAUUAUUUGAAUGUUGUUUGAUUAUAAUAUGCUUAUUAAUGAUUACUCAGAAGUCAUCAUUUUUAGUAGGAAA